CUCCGUUUCCCCAUACCAUUACGCCAUUCUCUUCUGUUGUUUUUUUCAAGUAGAAGUUUUCUGUGUUGAAGUGAUGGAUCGGAAGGUUGGGUUUGCGGUGGUGCUUAUGUGCAUUGUAGUGGCCGGCGUCGGAGGUCAGUCUCCGGCCGCUUCGCCUGCUGCGGCCAAAACCGCCACUCCUCCGGCUGCAUCUAAGGCCGCCGCCACUCCGGCUGCUUCGCCUUCCACAGCCGCCGCUCCUUCCAAGCCUAAAACUCCCGCUCCCGCUUCGGCUCCUCCGGCGCAGGCUCCGGCCUCUACUCCACCCUCAGCCGCAGUCCCGGCUCCAGCUGCCGCGCCGCCAGCUAAGACGCCGGAAUCUGCACCCCCCGCUCCCGUGCCAGUGACCUCUCCGCCGGCCGCCGCUCCCGUGAAGUCCCCACCCGCAGCCGCACCUGUCCAAUCUCCACCGUCUCCCGCGCCGGAGGCCGCCACUCCGCCUGCUGCCUCUCCCCCUCCCGCCGCGGCCCCCGUCGCCCCGCCUACGUCAUCAGAGACUCCGGCUCCGGCUCCGAGCAAGAGCAAGGGCAAAGGCAAGAAGAAGAGUAAGAAGCACACCGCAUCUUCACCGGCUCCUUCUCCCGAGCUUCUCGGCCCACCUGCGCCUCCUAGCGAAGCCCCCGGACCUAACGCCGACAGUCCUGGUCCGGCACUCAACGAUGAGAGCGGAGCGGAGAAGUUGAUGAGCAUGGUGGGAAGCUUGGUAAUGGGAUGGGCGGUAUUUGGCUGGAUGUUGCUCUAGAGACGACGUCGUAUUUUGUCCCGGAGAGGAGAUUGACGGUCUGGAUCUGAUUUAGAGAAUUUGAUUUGUUUUGUUGUAUUCUGCUGGAAUAUAAUGUGACACGGGCAUGAUUUGGAUCCGGGUUAUGGCCACAUUGGCAUGCAUUUUCCAUAUUCUUUUGGUAUAGCAUAUUAGGUGGAGAAGAGACUACUUUUGUGUUCUGUUUGUAUUUGACGCGUUUUGGACUCACUUCUCUUAUAAACCAUUUAUUGUUAUAAUAUAUAUUUGUUUAUUUAUGAAAUAUCGGCAGUGUCAAUUUA